GGAUUGAUCGCUUCCAACGUUCAUAAUCAUCGUCGUCAAUGGCUUCCCCCUUCCUCGGCCUCCACAAUCUCCUCUCUUCCCCGCUAACAAGACGAUCUUCAUUCCCAUUUUCUUCCAAUGGAGCUUCUUCUCAAGCAAUUCCUCCUUCUACAGCUUUCGUUUCAUCUCCUCGAGUUGCCUCUCACUCUAUCGCUGUCAAGGCAUCUUCGUCUUCUUCCUCCUCCUCUUCUUCUUCUGCAAUUGUUGCGGAGCCUUCAGGUGUCAAGAUUGAUUUCAUUCCGACCAAGCCGAUUGAAGGCCAGAAAACUGGAACCAGUGGUCUCCGGAAGAAGGUGAAAAUAUUUAAGCAGGAAAAUUACCUUGCAAAUUGGAUCCAGGCAUUGUUCAAUUCUUUGCCACUAGAGGAUUACAAAAAUGGGCUGUUGGUUUUAGGAGGCGAUGGUCGCUAUUUUAAUAAAGAAGCUGCGCAGAUUAUCAUCAAAAUUGCUGCAGGAAACGGUGUUGGGAAAAUAUUGGUCGGGAAGGAAGGUAUUUUGUCCACUCCAGCUGUCUCUGCUGUAAUACGAAGGAGGAAGGCCAAUGGAGGAUUUAUAAUGAGUGCAAGUCACAAUCCUGGUGGGCCUGAAUAUGACUGGGGUAUUAAGUUUAAUUAUAGCAGUGGGCAGCCUGCACCUGAAUCAAUUACAGACAAAAUAUAUGGAAACACUCUUUCUAUAUCUGAAAUAAAAUUUGCUGAUAUUCCUGAUGUUGACCUCUCUCGCCUUGGAGAAAUUAAGUAUGGGAACUUCAGUGUUGAAGUUGUACAUCCUGUUUCUGACUAUUUGGAGCUGAUGGAGAAUGUAUUUGAUUUUCCACUCAUAAAAAAACUGCUGUCACGUUCAGAUUUCAGGUUUGUAUUUGAUGCCAUGCAUGCAGUAACUGGUGCUUAUGCAAAACCAAUUUUUGUGGACAAGUUAGGAGCCCGUUUGGAUUCAAUUUUGAAUGGAGUGCCUCUAGAAGAUUUUGGGCAUGGACAUCCAGAUCCUAACCUUACGUAUGCGAAGGAUUUGGUCAACAUUUUGUUCAGUGAAGAUGGACCUGAUUUUGGUGCUGCUAGCGAUGGAGAUGGUGAUAGAAACAUGAUAUUGGGUAAGAGUUUUUUUGUUACUCCUUCAGAUUCUGUUGCAAUUAUUGCAGCUAAUGCACAGGAAGCAAUUCCAUAUUUCAAGAAUGGUCCCAAGGGGCUGGCUCGUUCUAUGCCAACAAGUGGUGCACUUGAUCGUGUAGCUGAAAAGCUCAAUCUUCCGUUUUUUGAGGUUCCUACUGGCUGGAAAUUCUUUGGUAACCUUAUGGAUGCUGGGAAAUUGUCAAUAUGUGGGGAGGAAAGUUUUGGAACUGGUUCUGACCAUAUCCGUGAGAAGGAUGGCAUAUGGGCUGUGCUGGCUUGGCUUUCUAUAAUUGCAUUCCGAAACAAAGACAAGAAAGUUGGGGAGAAGUUGAUCUCAGUGUCAGAUGUUGUGAGGGAACAUUGGGCUAUUUAUGGAAGGAACAUUUUUUUAAGAUAUGACUAUGAGGAAUGUGAGUCUGAAGGCGCUAAUAAGAUGCUACAUCACCUUAGAGAAGUCAUCAGUAAGAGCAAGUCUGGUGACAAAUAUGGGAGUUAUAUCCUCCAAUUUGCGGAUGACUUUUCAUAUACUGAUCCCGUUGAUGGAAGUGUAGCAUCAAAACAAGGUGUUCGUUUUGUUUUUUCAGAUGGAUCAAGGAUAAUAUAUCGUUUAUCUGGAACAGGUUCAGCUGGAGCAACUGUAAGAAUAUACAUUGAGCAGUUUGAACCGGACAUUUCUAAACAUGAUGUGGAUGCCCAGACAUCUCUGAAACCAUUAAUAGAUUUGGCAUUGUCUUUGUCCAAGCUGGAGGAGUUCACUGGGAGGAAGAAACCUACAGUCAUCACUUAAGGGGACAAUCUCAUAAUCUAUACACUGGCCCAGACUCCACUAGAUGGAGGGUAGUUUCAUGGGUGAACUGUCACCUACCGAACCUUGUAGCUGAAUCACAUGAUGUGCUUGUAGUCUUUACAUGGACUGCUUUCAUUUACGGACAUCUUAGAAGGGUGGGUGAGACUUUGGCUGGAAGGAGGUUAUUCAGUUGGUGAAAUAGUUCUAGGACUAGAUUGCAUCAUAUAUCCAUAUCAUACAAGUUGGUCAAAUAAUGUUGGACAAGUUUCUUGAUACAUUCAUCCUAAAAGUUAAAACAAAAACCAUUGCUUGAGAGCACAACAAGAACAAGUUCUUGUCAUUCUAAAACAUGACUUUUCCUCUGCAUAUAUUAACAGUGACGGGAUGGUGUGCUAGAAGACAUGGAAAACUGGCAAUUAAUCCAGGCAUGUAUUUAGAGCAGCUCUUUUACCUGUUUCUUCGAGCUGUUUGAUUUUGCAAACUUUUCUAUUUGACAGCAAUGAAAAACGUAGAGAUCAGGAUUAUGGCCUUAUCUUGUAGGUUGCUA